UGACUGUGAGGGUGAAAACAGUGCAGCAGCAGCAGCCGGAGGUUUGGAAGCAUGAGUGACAUGAGUGUUGGCCCCUCCUCUCCGGGCUGCUGAGCGCUGCUGAGUUUGAAGCGCAACAGCCCGGAGAGCGCAGCAGCGACUUCACCGCUGCAACUUUGAUGACAGCGGUUUUCGGAGCCGUCGAUGAGCGCGUUUGAAGAGCCUUGCUGGUGAAGACGAGGGGGAUCGAGUCUCGACCUGCACUUCCCCUUCUGCCAGUCGGAUCAAAAAAUGAAAUUCCUGGUUUGUGCGCUGGCGGUGGCCUUGGCGGUGGGAUCUGCGCACGGAGGCACCAAGUUUGACGAGCCAUGUGCAGGUCUGGACUGCAGUGGAGGCUGCAGGUGCAACCCGGAGAAAGGCAGCAGGGGUCGUCCUGGACCUCUCGGUGAGGUCGGUCAGAGUGGACCUGAGGGGCCACGUGGGGGUCCGGGGCCUUCGGGGCCCAAAGGAGAGAAAGGCCACAUCGGAGUGAAAGGACCGUCUGGGCCCAAAGGAGACAAAGGGCCAAUGGGAGUUCCCGGAUUUCAAGGAAACGAUGGAGUACCCGGUCACCCAGGUCAGGAGGGCAGCCGAGGAUCGCCUGGCCUGGACGGAUGUAACGGGACCAGAGGGGAACCUGGAGCUCCGGGCUUCGGAACCGGAGCGCCGGGCUUCCCUGGACCCACUGGACCAACUGGGCCGAAAGGUCAGAAAGGAGAACCUCGAUAUAUCUCCGAUGGCAACAGCAUCUCGGGUUUACCAGGUUUACCAGGAGCUGACGGUCAACCUGGUAUCAGAGGUCCUGAUGGUCCACCUGGUUUCUCAGGUCCCAGAGGCCCUGAAGGUUACUCCGGCCCACCUGGUCCUCCUGGUCCUCCAGGGCUGAUGGGGAGCCGUAGUGACGGAUAUCAAGGAGAGAGAGGAGACAAGGGCGACGUGGGUCUUCCCGGACCCAGUGGUACUCCCGGCGACGGGUCGCUAAGUGGCGAACAAACGCUCACUAUCUACAAAGGAGAUAAGGGUGAACCGGGUCCAAAGGGAGUCCGAGGAUUCCCAGGAAGUCCAGGUCGGCCGGGACCUUUCGGUUAUCGUGGUGAAUAUGGAGAGAAGGGCAUCCCCGGAUACCCCGGGGCAAGAGGUCCUCCAGGGUUUAACGGACCUCAGGGCGCUCCAGGACAGCGGGGAUUCAGAGGGAAUCCAGGAUUCCCCGGCCAGCCAGGAUACAUUGGACCCAAGGGAGACCAGGGAGAACCAGGACUCCCAGGGCCUCCAGCUUACGUCAACAAUCUGGGCACCUCUGUUCAAGGACCUCCAGGUGACUCAGGUCUCGGUGGCCUCCCAGGCAUCCCUGGAGAGCAGGGCGCUCCGGGAUUUGCAGGAGCUCCAGGCCCGCCGGGAGUAGGUGGCAUCUUCUCAGGUCGUCCCGGAUCCCCAGGUUUUCCUGGGACCCCGGGUCCAAAAGGAGAGAAGGGCAGCCCCGGUGCACCGACCUACGGCGUUGAAGGACUUCCAGGCUCCCCUGGACUCCCCGGACCCGUUGGCCCUCCUGGACCUCAGGGCGUCUCUGGCAUUUCCAUUCCACCCUGCGUCAUCUACCCUGAGGGGCCUGUCAGGCCCAAAGGUUCUCCUGAAGGCCCAGCCACUAGUUUCCCUGGACUGCCUGGAAGCCCUGGGCCCAGAGGAGAUCCGGGUAACCCAGGAUUCAGAGGCGUCAGAGGUGACCCUGGUGACUGUGGCUGUCUCGGAGGAGGCGUCUCAGGGUUGCCUGGGUUACCUGGAGUUCCAGGAGCCAACGGCAGCCCCGGAUUCCCUGGACGAAAGGGUGAGCCUGGCGACGGUGGUUCACCCGGCUUGAAUGGUGUUCCAGGAUCUACUGGUCGUGCUGGUGAGAGGGGCGGCUUCGGUCGUAAAGGAGAGAAGGGGGCUUCGUACUACCCCAGCCUGGGUUUGGGGGUGAAAGGAGAGCUGGGAGCUUCUGGACCCAGAGGACCUACAGGUGAAACAGGAAAACCUGGCAGGGAUGGACUACCUGGCUUCCCAGGAGCCCCUGGACCUCCAGGCGAUGCUGGCUUCGGCACAGUUGGAGAGAAAGGAUUCCCAGGAUUCCCGGGUUCUAAGGGACGCCCCGGUGGCCCCGGUGAGCCCGGCAUCGGCUACGCCGGGACCCCCGGGUUUCGUGGAGAGACCGGAGACCCUGGUAUACCAGGGUUGCCAGGGCAGCCAGGUUUGCCUGGACCGAGAGGUGAAAACAGCUGUGGAGGGGUUAAUGACGCCGGAGAGGGAACGGGCCAAGUGCUGCCUUGUGUCUUUCCUGGUGAGGAUGGAGCCCCCGGUGUGCCUGGUAUACCUGGACGACCAGGCCCUAAAGGUGAACCAGGUUUUCCUGGAGGUUCUGGACGUCCAGGGUUCGAUGGUGCCAAAGGAGAGAGAGGAGACCCUGGUUUUGGAGGUCAACCUGGACCACAAGGUUUCCCUGGACCCAGAGGGGACGCUGGAGUUCCAGGUGUUCCAGGACAGAUCUUCGAUGGCGGCAGGGGGAAGGACGGCGUUCCAGGGCGUCCUGGAGGCAAAGGCCAGCCUGGGGAAGUGCUGGGAGCCACGCCCGGAGCUCCAGGACAGGACGGUUUACCUGGAAUCCCUGGAGACAAGGGUCUACCUGGGACACCGGGAGGACCUGGAUCACCUGGUUUCGAUGCUCGUUCUGGUGUUCCCGGGCUGAAGGGGGAGCGUGGUGUUGACGGUCUGCCUGGUAUUCCUGGACUCCCCGGACCUCCAGGUGAUCCGACUGGUGGUAUUACCGGUCGGCCUGGAGCUCCCGGUGCAAAGGGACUGAGCGGACCUCCAGGUUUCCCUGGUCGCAAAGGAGACAGAGGAGACCCAGGUUUCCCAGGGCCUGCUGGAAUGAAAGGAACCCCAGGACUGCCUGGCACUCCUGGGUCACCAGGGCUGAGGGGACCCCCCGGACCUCCAGGACCAGGAACUAGAGAGGGAAUUCCAGGAAUCCCAGGAACUAAGGGUGAAAGAGGUUUCUCAGGAGUAAUGGGUUUCCCUGGACUACCAGGUCGUCCCGGGUCUCCAGGAUUUCCUGGAGGUAAAGGGGUUUCUGGAGGCCCUGGAAGAGAUGGAUUUCCAGGUGGACCUGGAUUCCCUGGACAGAAAGGUGAGAGAGGAUACCCCGGCCUUCCUGGCCUGCCUGGUAUUCCUCUUCCAUCAGGGCUGGUGGAGAAAGGAGACCCUGGGUUCCCCGGAAGCAGUGGCCUUCCUGGCUUCCCUGGACCCAGAGGUGACAAAGGUCUGCCGGGUCUACCUGGACGUCAGGGUCUGCCUGGACUUCCUGGCUUUGCUGAGCAGAGUAAAGGACAGCCAGGACAGCCCGGGUUCCCUGGACAACCCGGAACUCCAGGCUUUCCUGGACCAAAAGGAGAAGCUGGAAUCAUGGGAUUCCCUGGCAUGUCGGGACCACGGGGUGAUGAUGGUGCACCUGGUUUCCCUGGCAACCCUGGAGAGUCUGGUCGACCUGGUGGCAAAGGCCUACCUGGAGAGUCUUAUGGUUACCCUGGAGGGCCAGGAGCUAAAGGCCAGCCAGGAGAUUCAGGCUUCCCAGGUGGUCGUGCCAACGAUGGCGCCCCCGGUGACAACGGCUUUCCAGGAAGUCCAGGCUUCCCUGGAGCCAAGGGUGGUCCAGGUGAAGGAGGACGGCCUGGAAUAAUGGGAUCUCCUGGUUUCCCUGGACCAAAGGGUAUGCCUGGAUUCCCAGGAAGAAGAGGGCCAGAUGGGACUCUUGGCCUGCCUGGAGGUCCUGGGGGUCCAGGAUCCAAAGGUUUGCCUGGAUCUCCUGGUUUAGACGGACUUAAUGGCCUUGCUGGACCUAAAGGCCUCACUGGAACUCCAGGUGGAAGUGCAGGAGGUCGUCCUGGUGCCCCUGGUAUUCCAGGCGCAAAGGGAGAAAGAGGUCUCUCCUACCCUGGAGGUCCAGGAUUCUCUGGAUCAAAAGGAGAGAGAGGAGAGCCAGGUGUUUCUGGACUCCCUGGGUUCCCCGGUCGGCCUGGACUUCCUGGUGCAGUUAUUGGAUCUGACAUCCCUGGACCUCUUGGAGACCCCGGCCUUCCUGGAUUGGAUGGAGAAUAUGGUUUCCAAGGUCCUCCAGGUCCUCCUGGGCCGCCUGGUCCUGGAACAGCCCAGGGAGACAGAGGUGACUCAGGGCUGCCUGGAUUCCCAGGCUCACCCGGCAGAAAGGGAGAAUCGGGAUUCCCUGGAGGCCCUGGACUCCCUGGCAGCCCUGGUUUUAAAGGAGAGCGCGGUGAGACUGGCUUCAGCGGAGGUCCUGGUCUCAAAGGCUUCUCUGGUGACCCUGGUUACUUUGGAGGCAAAGGCCCGAAGGGAUUACGAGGGCCUCCUGGUCGGAAGGGUUUCCCUGGAAUCACGUUGCCACCAGAAGUGUUCCGUCGUCCCUUCGGAGACCAGGGCUUCCCUGGCGAAAGUGGAGCCCCUGGUACUCCUGGAGAACCUGGUCAGCCUGGCAUGCCCGGACGUCCCGGUCCUAAUGGUCGUCCUGGUGGAGUCGGUAAACUUGGCAGGACCGGAGAGCCUGGUCUUCCUGGACUCGUCGGUGAUGGUGGACCUCCUGGCUUCCCUGGACCCACUGGAGAGCAAGGUCCCCCUGGUAACAUCGGUCGUCCCGGCACUCCCGGCAGCGUCGGCCGCAGUUUCGGCAUCGGCUUCACUCUGGUGAAGCACAGCCAGAACUCCCAGCCUCCCAUGUGUCCUCAGGGCAUGAGCAAGCUGUGGGAGGGAUACAGUCUGCUGUACGUGGAGGGGCAGGAGAAGGCACACAACCAGGACCUAGGUCAACCAGGGUCAUGCCUACCCAAGUUCAGCACCAUUCCCUUCCUCUACUGCUCCCCCAACGAGAUCUGCUACUACGCCAGUCGCAACGACAAAUCCUACUGGCUUUCCACAACCGCACCCAUACCCAUGAUGCCCGUGGCCGAGGGGCAGAUACAGCCGUACAUCAGCAGGUGCUCAGUGUGUGAGGCUCCAUCUCAGGCUGUGGCCGUCCACAGUCAGGACAUGACCAUCCCCAACUGUCCCCCCGGCUGGAGGAGUCUCUGGAUAGGAUACUCCUUCCUCAUGCACACAGCAGCCGGUGCUGAGGGUGGCGGUCAAUCCCUGGUCUCUCCUGGCUCCUGCCUGGAGGAUUUCCGCGCGACUCCGUUCAUCGAGUGCAACGGGGCCAAGGGCACCUGCCACUACUUUGCCAACAAGUACAGCUUCUGGCUCACCACCGUGGAUCCCAGCCAGGAGUUUCUCUAUUCGCCAGCCCAGGAGACCCUGAAGGGAGGCCAGGAGCGCUCCAAAGUGAGCCGCUGCCAAGUCUGCAGCAAGAUCUUGUAGUAGGCGGCGGAGGUGGAGGGUAGAAGAGCGGAGGGAAACAUCAGGAGGUGAUACACUAACACUUCAAGAUGAAAAAUAAUAAGAACAGAACAUGUGACUGACUGAAAAUGAGCCCCUGUCCUGCUUCACUGAGCAACACUGGUGCCGUUUUCAGAGUUUUCUUUUAGUCCCCUUUAGGAAUGAAUGGCUUGUUAAAAAAAGAAGCAGGAGGGAGGAAAUGGAAAGAGAAGGCUUCCGGUAUGGUUGCUCUUCUCCAGAUUAUCACUGACAAUGGUGCUAUUGUUUAUGUCUGUUUUUAAUUUUGCGUGUGUUUUCUCGUAACGAUUUUUGGCGAGAAUCAUUCUCGGCUACCUCGGAGAGUGCCGCCCCUUUGGAAAGCACUGCACCGGUCACACACCAGGGCUGCUUCAGGUGGGCCAGUUCAGACAGCAGAGCCGCAAAUUUAAGGUCUGGACAGCUGAAAGUGGUGCUUCGGAGGAUUUCCUGAACUGGUUUAACUGAAGUAGAUGUUAUUGAUUCCGGUUCAAACUUCCAUUUUUAGAGAAAUGGUCGCCUCUUCUUACACUUGAUAUUACGUUAAUCACCAUGACGUCGCUCUUUCUUGGCACACUGGUGGUUUUGCAUGUUUUGCGUGAGUAACGACAGCAUUCUGAUUGACAUUCGUUUUGAAGGGUUUGAAAAUCAAAUUGCUCAAGAUUAGAAAAAAUAUAAUAGUUAACAUUGAAUGCACUGUAUUUUGUGCCUUAACAGACCACAGAAAGAGUAAGAAGCAGCUGUUUUUCUGUGUAAACACUCUUAUUACAAAGAACUAUUGUAGCUGUGGUGUUGCUAUCUUGAAAUAUGUUACGUAUUUUGAAUCAAGAGCCUUUCAGCUCCUCAUAGACUGUAUAUGAAAGAUAGACGCUACAGCAACUCCUCUGCUGCAAAAGAAGUUUGCACAGAAGUCUGCCAGAAAAUGACCCUGCAUUAAACAUUAUCCUAAUGAAUUUAUGGCUUCAGUCACUAGUUUAACAGAUUUUUUCUUACAGCAUGGUGCUAAAUUUGUCAGUGAUGGUCCCAUUUAGAGGUAAAUAGACAAUAAAGCGGAAUGUAUUUUAGGGAAGGACUACCUUGUGAUUGACCCAAUCAAAUUCAUCCCUCACUAACCACGUUUCAAUAGACCAACAUUCCAGAUCUUAGGCUUCAAACCAGUAGUCCACAAACCAAUGGGUGACAUCCUGAUGGCUACAUUGAUCUUCUAAAUACAGUUUAUUAUGCUUUCAAUCAAUGCGUAAUUAGAUUCAGAAUGCCAUUCAAGAUACAGUAGGAUUAAUAUCUAUGUCAGAAAACCAUUUAACGGCUGCUUUUAAAUGCAAAAACUUUGCUUUUUCUUUGUCUCUGUUUACUCUAAUAAGUAAAUUUUAUUAGUUUGAGUAACUUACAAUUCUUUACGUGUUGAUUUUCACUGAGAAAUGAGUGUAAACCCCGAAGACUAAAAUACUUUGAAGAAUGCUCAGUAACCAUAUUAUCUAGCCAUAAACAUGCAAAACUGCCAGUGUGGUGCUUUAACUUUACUAUGCAUUUUUUCACAGACCUGUGACCUCUGCACAUUUCUCAAUGUGACUCUCUGGUGCUACAAUUCCCUGACAGUUGACUUGAAAAGCAACAUUUGAGAUCACUUCUCAUAAAAUCGCAUGCAAUAAAUGAACAACCAAAAAGGCAAGUCAGCAUUUUUCCUCACACAAGCGUCACGAACAAUAAUAAGAAAUGACUGAUAUUGCACUGAUAUGAACUCACAUGGGGUUAGAACAUCAAACAAAGGCAAGUAAAGGGGCAUAUUUCUCCAUCUCCACGCUCACAGAUUGUCAUUGUAUUGUGACCAAAUUAGUAUUUUUUUUUAAUCACCCUUCAUUCACUCUAAAUUUGCAGCAGGAAACAAAAACACACACUCUCUGAUAGAUUGUUAAUUAUUUGCUGUACAUAGUGCUUCCUGUAUUUCCCAGCAAAACAUGUUAGAGCGAAAGUCUGUAACACUGUUAGCUUCUUAUGUUAUUUGGAUUUUUUUUUUCCACUCUGUUUUUUCACUGUCCUUGGAUAAGAAAGAGUUCAAAAAAAAUUUUUUUUUAAAAAAGGCUUUAAAUAUAGAUUUUUUUUCAGCCAUAAAUGUGAUGAUAGAUAAGGAUUUUCCAAGACAAGAUUUGAAUUUUUUUACAUUAAGUUUGGUUUGGAGUGAAACUGGUGCAUCUAUGCUUGGACAGUGAAAGCUACUGCAUGACCUGUAACCACUAUGACCGCUGUGUCUAGCACGUCUCUCUGCUGGUAGCCCUGACUUUAUUAUUAUGUCACAUUUUACUUUUUUUCUUUCUUUCUUCCUAUUUGGUCUGUAUUUGUUGUUUUGUAAUCUAGAUUGUAAUUAUUUUACGUAAGUCAUGAUACUAUCCCCUGGUUUUAUUUACUGAGAUGGGAGGGAAUGGGAAGAUAAUGAUGUGUACAUUGAAUUUUAAGGAAAAAAAAUAUGCUUUUAAGAUGUUUUUAUAUGGAAAGUAUAUUCACCGCUGACGAUUUAACAGAUGUAACAGCAGUUUUUAUUGUCUGUUUGGACUUAACCCCAUGUUCAGAACCAAAUGUUUAAUGCAGCAACAUACUGUAAGUGCCUGGAGUGACAGAAAAGAAAUGCAGUUUUCCUCAAAGAGGAUCCAAAACAAAAAGUGAUAAUAACAUGUCUGUUGCUGUAAUGUGUAUUUCUGUGCUCACACACUUUGGAAUAAAGUUUUAAAACUUA